AGAGGGAGUGGCGAUGGACGCAGGUGAACGGGAACCAGGAAGAAGACAGCCAGAAAGGCACGGUAAGAGGAGAAGAUCAUUGAACAUCUUACGGCUUUAAUUAUGACUUAAUCAGAAAGAAGCACUCCAGGAUGGUGAAUUCGGGCAUUUGUUGUGGCAGUCUGAAGGAUGAUAAGAUCCUUAUGAAGAUGGGCUUGGGGCUGGUGCUGGUCGGCCAUGUGAACUUUUUGCUUGGGGCACUUGUACAUGGAGCUGUGCUCAGGCACAUAAAGGUGCUCACUUGGAACCGGAAACUCGUGUACCCCAUCUCCAAUGUCAUCGCUCUUGUUGCGGGGCUCAUGGCAAUUAUUGGUGGAAUCUCUGCUAUUGUUCUCUCAAAGAACAAGAAAAACCAGCUUCUGAGUUGGUUUUUACUAGUUGUAAGUGUCCUGGCUGUUCUCUUGGGUGGCGCCUCUGCAGUGGGCAUCAGUGUUGCCACAGUGAGGGCCAUAAUGCAGGAAGGGCAUAGUCUCUUUGCCCACUGUGAUCUUCCAGCCAACAUGAGCUACUACAGCAUCACAAAUGAAUGCCCUUUUGACCCAACACGCAUCUAUGGUACAACAUUAAUCCUGUGGUUUCCAUUGAUUCUAAUGUCAGUGGUAGAGGUUGUGUUCUCUUGCCGAUGUUUCUUGGCUUGCACCUCCUUUCUCCGUCUGCGCUGCCCAUGGAGGAAAAAUGUUGUCACCACCAGAAGGGUGCGUGUCCAGGUGCAAGAAGAAACUGUACUGCCACCAGGACAUGAGCCAAACGAGGAGGAUCCAACAGAACAGCACAACCUUCUUGACAAAGACAUACCUGUUGUGGUGACUAGUGAUUGGCUGUAAUUCACAUGCAUGUUUCACAUGACCAAUAGACAUAAUUUCAGAAUUCCUGUAUGACAAACAAAGCAAUGCUAAGUGGCGGUGCGCAUGAAACAUGUGGAAAGGCAUGCUCUCCUUCACUGCCCACUAAUCUGGCUAAUUAUAGAAAGAAAAUUCUCUGAAGUCUUCACCUUAGUUUGGCAGUAAUAAUGCGUUUUUUUGUUUUUUUUUUUCUCAGCAAGUGUGUUUGAAAAGUGACUUUGGUUUCAUGGAAAUUGAUAUAUACAAAUUGUGCAAUGUCACGAGUAUGUAUGAAAUGUGUUACGUUUAUAUAAAAUAUUUUUCAAUUCAAA